GCUGAUCUAAAGCGGAGCUGUCAGAGACUGAGGCAGCAGAGCUCGAGCCCGAUCCAGCUGCUGCAUUCAGGCGCGGUGGAUGUCUUCAGAUGCCCAGUCUUCGUCGGGGCUUGACUUAAGCAGGACAGCGGUCGUUUCUUUUUAGUAUUUUGCUGUUUUUUAUUAGUUACGUUCGCACUGAGAGAUUCGUAAGUGGUCGUACCAUAAUAACGAUAGUUAACGGGUUUCCGCCAUGAUUUAAAUGAGGCGACACACCUUUUUUUAUGUCGGGGUGGUGUAAUAUAAGCUAUCAAAAGACGGCUAGCAGUUAGCUGGUGGAUAGAGUUUUUCACCGUUCGUUUGCAGAGGGAUGCAUGAACGCGAUGCAUUAAAUAACGUAAGGGACACAUUGCAUGUCGAGAUCCGGCGGAGCGCUGCUGAUUGUGAACAGCUCGUGUCAAGACCUCGCCAAAGAGCCACGCGCGGAGAGGGAUUUGAUUGAUCCGAGCCUGCUCGCUAAACAUGGCCUCUGCAGCUAACAACCUCGCUUCAUCCAUCGCCAGCAAAUACAAGAAGAAACAUUUCGUGUCUCAGAAGGUGAAGCUGUUUCGGGCCAGCGACCCGCUACUCAGCGUCCUGAUGUGGGGAGUCAACCACUCGAUAAAUGAACUCAGUCACAUCCAGAUUCCUGUUAUGCUGAUGCCUGAUGACUUCAAAGCCAACUCAAAGAUCAAGGUGGACAACCACCUCUUCAACAAAGAGAACAUGCCAAGCCAUUUCAAGUUUAAGGAGUACUGUCCCCUAGUCUUCCGCAAUCUGAGGGAGCGGUUCUCCAUUGAUGAUCAGGAAUAUCAGAACUCUCUUACACACAGGGCCCCGAUUCCCAGUGACUCUCAGGGCCGUAGUGGAGCACGUUUCCACACUUCAUACAACAAGAGGUACGUCAUCAAGAUCAUCACCAGCGAGGACGUGGCCGAGAUGCACAACAUUCUCAAGAAGUACCACCAGUAUAUAGUUGAGUGCCACGGAAACACGCUGCUCCCUCAGUUUCUGGGCAUGUAUCGCCUCACAGUGGAUGGAGAUGAGACCUACAUGAUCGUUACUCGUAAUGUCUUCAGUCACCGGCUGCCUGUUUACAAAAAAUAUGACCUGAAGGGAUCAACAGUGGCAAGAGAGGCUACCGACAGAGAGAAGCCACGUCCACCUGAGGAGGCUCCGUCCAAAUCACGCAUGAGCCAAAAGCUACAAACCAUCCGGAUCGCCACACGCUUUUACUGCGCCAUAAGACACACCAAGGAGCUUCCAACUUACAAAGACAAUGACUUCAUCAAUGACGGCCAGAAAAUCAUCAUAGAUGAAGAGAACAAGAAAAUGUUUCUGGAGAAACUCAAGAAUGACGUAGAGUUCCUGGCCCAGCUGAAGCUGAUGGACUACAGUCUGCUGGUGGGGAUCCAUGACGUGGAGCGAGGGGAGCAGGAACAGCCGGAGGAGGAGAUUGAAGACAAUGACGCUGGGGAGGAGGAGGGGACGGAGAGCGAUGGAGGGGCCACUGGCUCCCCGCCAGACAGCCCCAGUAACACACUAGACAGCAAUAGACCUCUGGGACCGGGAGAGUUUGACCCCAUCAUUGAUGUAUAUGCCAUCAAGAGCCAUGAAAAUGCUCCUAAAAAAGAAAUCUACUUCAUGGCAGUGAUUGACAUUCUUACUCCGUAUGAUGCCAAGAAGAAAGCAGCCCACGCAGCUAAGACGGUCAAACAUGGGGCAGGGGCAGAGAUCUCGACGGUCAACCCCGAGCAAUACUCGAAGCGGUUUUAUGAUUUCAUCACCACUAUUCUGUCCUAACCGCUGCCUGAGGCUGUAACAGUAACAGGUGGUCACAUAUGAUCUCAUAUCCUGGGAGAGGUUUUGCUGUGUGUAACUGAUCCAGCUCUCAUGUCUGAGAUCUGUCAAGAUCUUUUCUUUUUCUUCUCUGUUGGAUUUUUCGGUAGGUUUAUGACUCCAUGUGGUUGUUAAAGGAUACAUGUGAUAUAGUCAUGCAUAUAUAGCGUUCUGUAUACUUUUGUGUUCGAUAUUGUUGACUGAGAAACCACGUGUUAUUGUUUGUGCCCAGCAAUGUGGUAUGGUUAUCAUACUGGAAUUCUCAAAGCUGCUUAUAUAUUUAUUUUCUUUAUGUUCUUUGCCGAAAUCAAUUCAUUGCUCUCAAAGAAGUAGUUCACUCAAAAAUGUACUCACCUUCAGACUAUCCAAGAUGUAACUCAGUUUCUUCAUAUGAACCGAUUUGGAGAAUUGUAGCAUUAAAUCACUUGCUCACCACUGGAUCCUCUGCAGUGAAUGGGUGCCGUCAGAAUGCAGUCUAAACAGCUGACAAAAAACAUCACAAACAUGUCUUGUAUAGCAAAAGAUGCAUGUUUGUAAUAAAGAAACUCAUCAAGACAUUUUCAACUUCGGUUAACUGGAGUCUUGUGGAUUGCUGUGAUGUUUUAAUCAGCUGUUUGGACUCCCAUUCUGACGGCACCCAUUCACUGCAGAGCAUCCGCUGGUGAGCAAUUUCUCCAAAUCGGUUUGGAUAAAGAAACAAACUCAUCUACAUCUCGGAUGGUCUGAGACACAUUACACUUUUUAUCAAGUUUAAAUUAGUCAUUUUUAAGUGAACUAUUCCUUUAAUAAAAAAAUAAGUCCAGUUUUAAAUAAUGAAAAUAUAUUUCAAUUUAUAAAAUAAAUUUAGCCCUGAACAAAUAUGACCAGAGUCAGAAAUUAAAAUAAAUUGGGCCGUAAUUGUUUGAAAGUGUUGAUUGCACUAUCGCUCUUUAGCUGCAGGCAGUACCUUUAAAUCCGAUCUGUUUACAAACUGUAUGUAACAGUGGAAAAGAAUGCAACUUCAAGAUCAAUAACUGCAUUUACAGUUGAAAUCCAAUCAGUAAAUUAGAUGUAGAUGUUCUGCCUGUUGUGCAUCGGAAAGUCUUGCACAGGAGCUCAAUAUUUGCAAUUGGCUCCGAUUAUAACGUUUAGUAUAACACAACUGUUUUUGCACAUGAUCUAAUGCACCAAAACAUUUAUGCAACUGAUUCCAGUUUUACCACUGACUCGCCGAGGGUCACGCAAUAGUAGUGAUUCGUAGAAUGUGUUAAAGCACCUAAUGGGUUACAUGUGCGUUGCCACUUUUGUAUCCCUAAUGAAAGAACAAAACAUUGCCUGUUUCAUGUUGUUGUAUGAAAAUGAAGCAUAUUUUGUACCUACCUACCUUUUUUUUUUUUUUUACAGUAAUAAUUAGCAGGUUUACAGUGGGCCGUUCUCUUGAGAAUGCAGUUGUGCUGGCGCUAUAUUGAUGCUUGAAUCUGCUUAUAGUGUUUCAGCUGCACUGUAAAGAGCGAGAGAAUGCUGCCUUUUACUAUUGUUAUCUCUCUCUCUCUCUCUCUCUCUCAUCACUGUUGAAUAUUUGUGUGACCCCAGAGACCUUUAGUAUUAUAAACUAACUAGAUAUUGUGAUAUGUCUUCUUCUGAAAUAUCGUUUGCAAAGUAAUCCUAAAUAUUCUACUGUAUGUGUUGACAUAUAUACACUGUGCGAGGGUGUGCCUUUUUUACUCUGAAUUAUUUAAUUUUGUAUUUGAAUCAUUUUUUUAAAAAGAGACGCUUGAAAAAUGUUAUUUUCUAAAAAGGGAAAGGAGAAUAGGACGAAUCCUAAAGUGGUUUUGCUGUUCCUCUGUAGAUGUGUAAAUAUGCGAGUGUAUGUGUUUGCAAUAUUAUGACAAUGUUGCAGUCCUAAGAGUUCCCCGACCCUGAUCAGUUUUGCCUAAUUUACUAAUUUGAUUCCUACAUUGUCGUUAUAAUUGCAGUUAUUUUUUGUUACAGUUACUAAUUAGAUAAUAAGCGAUGUCAGUUCUUGUUUUUGACUUUGAAUUUGAUGUCUGUACUGCAAAAAAAGCCACUUCUUUAAACUUUUUGGGAAAAAAAUACUUCACUUUGUCUCAAAUUGUAAAGCGUUAUGAUCUCUUUUGUGUUGUAAUUUGUAAAAACAUGCAUCCAUGUUGAAGGUACAGUGUGAGUUUGAUACUUUCAUGUUUGAGGAAGAGAAAAAAGCUUUGAAGGAAUUGUGAGCUCUUUUAAAUAUGCGGUCAAAAGGAGAUAUUAUCACUUGUCAGUCUACUUGUCAUAACUGUUAUCUAUGUCAUGCAAGUGUGCAGCUCUUGUGUGUGUGUGUGUGUGUGCUGUAGACCCAAAAUAUUUAAGAGCACUCUGUCCCAUAAGCAUUGCUCAAUAAAACGAUGCAUUGCUCAGCUUG